UGGACUAGGGUAACACUCCACCAAAGUGCACCAAGAGGCCAAUGGGUACCAAACUUUCAUCAUCUUUUCCCUACUUUUUCUAGGAAAAAUAGAAGAAAGGGUCAUCAUGAUUGAAGUUGAAGUUUGGACACACGCUCUUUAAUCAGUAAUGUUACAGAGUUUUCUCCAAAAGAGCCCUAUGUGAAUAUGACCCACUUCACUUGACUUGGUCGAGAGAAGAAAAAGGAAUGUAAGUAUCCAAACACAGUAACAAUCUUUCUCAAUUACCAACUACAUUCAUUGAAUUCAAUUCAACUACAUCAACAUUAUUCCCAUUCUCGAUUAGUUUUUUUUGUUUAGCUUGGAGUCUCUUGUGUUACUGAUCCGAAUCUGAAGAUCUGAUGCUUGAAAAUCGAGGGUUUCGACACUUUACGCCUAAUUCAGAGCGCCGAUUAAACAUCACGAUAAGCAUUGCAAAUUUUGUAUAAUUUAUUUUCCAGAUGGAUGCUAAUUCGGAAAGUAUUUUACAAGGGAUGCCCCAGUCGACCGUGCUUGGCCACACAAAUGGUGCUUUAGCUAUUGACCAGUCUGACCUGCCAGCAGUAUGCUCUCUAUGCCACAGAAGCCUUUCUCCUGAUAAUGAGGCUGGGGAUCUUGAAGCUAUCACUAUAUGUGGGGAUUGUAAAUAUUUGUUUCUAGAAGAUCUUGGAACGCCAAUACAAGAUAGGCAUAGGAGGAGGACACCGAGAGUAAGAAGAACAAGGCACAGUAGUUCUGAGUCUAUUGAAAAUAUUUUUUCACAACAAUUCUCACAUAUGAUUAGUCUGGCAAGGCAAAACCAGCACACUGUAGCUGAGCAUGAGAAUCAAUCUUUAGAUGGUGAUACUGCUGCAAGGUCAAUGCAGCAUGUGAGUUCCCGUACUACUCCUAGUGGGUCCAGAAGAUGGAGGAGGGUACUUUCUGAUACUGAAAGUGACGGCUUUGAUUCUCUCUAUGGAGAGAAUGAAUCAAAUGUCAGCUUCAGCGGCUACAGGCUUUUCCAUGGUGAAAGUGAUACCAUUUCAUAUAGUGCUUAUGGAGGAGAAUCUGAUGCAUCUGUGGAUGGACAUAGUUUUCUGGAUACUGAAAUUUUUGCCAAUCCAAAUGCAGGAAGUGAUUUUGAUAGUGAUACUGAUAUUGACCCAAUGCGUGCGGGUCUCAACCAAUGGAACUCAGAUGACCAGGAAGAAGAAGAAGAAGAAGAAGAGGAAGAAGAUACUGAAUGGGAAGAAGCUGAGAGAAGCAUGGUUGAAAUUUCAAGAGUGGGAGCUCCGCAUGGAAGUUUAUUGAGUUCAAGGGAAAGAAAUGGGCUUGAAAAUUGGCGCAGACAGCUUCAUUCUCCUGAAUUUGAGGGUACAAUUCGUUGGAGAUUCAGGGAAAGGAGACAAACAUAUAUCCCUAACAUGUAUGCUAACUUGGAAGAAUCCGGGGUACCACCUUAUGUUGGAAAUUCUGGGGACUAUUUAGAUGCGAGAGGCUUCGAGGAACUGCUUGAACAACUUGCUGAGACUGACAGCUCAAGACGAGGAGCACCUCCGGCAUCUGUGUCUUUUGUUAAUAGUCUGCCUCGUGUGAUCAUUAACGAGGAGCAUGACAAGCAGAAUGGUUUGGCUUGUGCAAUCUGCAAGGAAUUUCUUUCUAUUGGCACUGUCGUGAAUCGGCUUCCUUGUUUUCACCUCUAUCAUCCUUCAUGUAUCUUGCCGUGGUUAAGUGCGAGGAACUCAUGCCCCCUUUGUCGAUAUGAGCUCCCCACAGAUGACAGAGAUUAUGAGGAGGGAAAGCAGAACGCCACCAAUGAAUCGGUGAUUCAUGAAAUUGAGCAGCAGGGCAUGAGUGACGAUAGUUCCUCAGACAUCAUGGAUGAUGCCGAAGCAGAAGAAGCCUGUGAAUUUAGUCAUGGUAGAUCAGAACAGGGUGAAUUGAUAAAUGUGGAUCAUGCGAGAGAGACCUCCGGCAGAGAGAGGGCAAGAGGAAGAUGGUUUUUUCUCGCCGCUGCACCGAUUGUCAGUAUAGUGGGAGUUGUUCUUGUGUUGUGGUUAGGCAACCCUCUAAAAGAAAGAAGAGGGUCAACAGGCGGUUCUAAUUUCCCUCAACCGGGACAGCAUCUAAAUCGCCUACCCAGCCAAAGGGAGAAUAGGUGCAGGAGGUGGUGGUCUCUUUUUUAAGCUUCUCUCUAAUUAUCAGAUUGAUAUUGACAUCAAUGGAUUACAUUCUGUGUUGGUUUUCCAGACGUGACUUGUAUAAAUGUGAUUUCAUGUGUUGAUUCACUCGAGGUGAACUUUACGAGUAAAAUUAGAGUGACACUCAUGUCCUGUUCUUGGAAGUCUUGAGCGAGAGGAUUUGCAUGGAUUCAGAGAGUUUCUUUUUCUUUUAUUUUUUCAAUUUUAUUUUAUUGCUGUGUCAUUUUUUCUACUCAACUUCCUAGUAUCAGGAAGCUUAGGUGAAUUGGGUUUGAGUUCAUGUAUAAAGCUUUGAUGUUUCCAACAUUUUAAUUGUGUACCUGCUUUCUAUUUUAUGACAAGGAAAAAGCUAUAUCUUGAGCACACAAA